AUGAUAUCUAUCUAUCUAUCUAUCUAUCUAUCUAUCUAUCUAAGUCUGCUCAUAUUUAUCUCUCCCAGCUUCUUCAUAGCUAUCUAUCACUCUCUGUCCAUUAUCUAUCUAUCUAUCUAUCUAUCUAUCUAUCUAUCUAUCUAUCUAUCUAUCUAUCUAUCUGUUUGCCUGUCUUCUGUUGAUAUCUAUCUAUCUAUCUAUCUAUCUAUCUAUUUAUCUAUCUAUCUAUCAGAUUCUGUUCAUAUCUAUCUUUCUGUCAAAGACUGUUUAUAUCUAUCUAUCUAUCUAUCUAUCUGUCUGUCUGUCACAUCUGUUCAUCUAUCAUCUAUCUAUCUAUCUAUCUAUCUAUCUAUCUAUCUAUCUAUAAACCUACCUACCUACCUACCUACCUACCUAUCUAUCAGACUCUGUUCAUAUCUAUCUUUUUGUCAAAGGCUGUUCAUAUCUAUCUAUCUAUCUAUCUAUCUAUCUAUCUAUCUGUCACAGUCUGUUAAUAUCUAUCUAUCUAUCUAUCUAUCUAUCUAUCUAUCUAUCACAAAGUAUCUAUCUAUCUAUCUAUGCGUCUGUCCCAAUUUGUGCUUAUCUUAUAUCUAUCUAUCUAUCUAUCUAUCUAUCUAUCUAUCGAUCUAUCUAUCUAUAUAUUCUUUUCAUCUAUAUAUUCUUUUCAUCAACUAUCUAUCUAUCUAUCUAUACGUGUGUCUCAAUUUGUAUUUAUCCUAG